CUGAGUGUAAACACACACCAGAGAGACACCAGAGAUCAGCUGGGGAAGAUGACUAGACAAUUGUUGACAAUAUUUUUGGUCCUGGUGACCUUGAGCUCUACCAUGGGCAAGACAGAGAAGCAAGCCGCUGUCAAGAAAGAGAAGAGAGUCCCCCAGACUCUCUCUAGAGGAUGGGGUGAUCAGCUGAUUUGGGCGCAGACAUAUGAAGAGGCACUUUUCUGGGCACGCUCACAGAACAAGCCUCUUAUGGUCAUCUUCCACUUGGAUGACUGCCCACACAGCCAGUCUCUGAAGAAGGCUUUUGCUGAGGACAAAGAGAUCCAGAAGCUUGCUGAUGAAGACUUUAUUCUCUUGAACCUGGUGUAUGAAACCACAGACAAGCAUUUGUCGCCUGAUGGGCAGUACGUUCCCAGAAUCCUCUUUGUUGACCCCUCAAUGACUGUUCGUGCUGACAUCACUGGCCGCUACUCCAACCGCAUGUACGCCUAUGAGCCAAGUGACCUGAAACUCAUGUUGAGCAACAUGCAGAGAGCCAAGAAAUUCCUGAAAACAGAACUAUGAAAUGAAAGGAGAUGAUGCCUUUGGUCCCACAGUGGAUGUUCAUCCCACUGAGUGCUUAUGUUUGUUGUUUACUGAUGUAAAGAAACGCACUGUAAAUCUCUAAAUUCACUUUAGACAUGUUCAUUUGACCUAAUGUUACUGUCAGUCUUAAAGAGCUUUUCAUCUAAUGUACUGCAUCAGUGAUGCACUCUUUUUUGAAUAAAUAAAAAAUAAACUGCUUCAAA